AACCUAGCCGCCUCAAAUUGCCAUGGAAGAUUGACACUAAAUGCUCUUAGAUUAUUGCCGGAGAUACAUGUGUGACGGUGAAAGAGUUUUUCUUGGGAGAUUUUUAUUUGCACUCUAAAAUGUGGCACGAGGCUCGUAAACAAGAACGUCGUAUACGCGGUCUUAUUGUGGACUACCGCAAGCGUGCGGAGCGGAGACAGUAUUUUUACUCGGCUAUUUGUGCAGAUCCCACGCAAUUUCUCCAAUUGCAUGGCAGACGGUGUAAAAUUUAUCUGGACCCAGCCGUUGCUGCAGCUGGAGAUGGUGAUGCAAUUAUAGUUCCUUGGCAAGGACAGCAAGACAAUCUUAUUGAUCGAUUUGACGUGCGUGCACAUCUUGACUACAUAGCACCUGUAGGUAAAAGUUUUUCGAACGCUUCAGGAAAUCCUGAAACGGAGCUUACAGUUGAGGAACGUCAGUUAAACUACGAGCGUUAUCGCAUAUUAGCACAAAAUGAUUUUCUAAAUCUAUGUGAAGAUAAAUUUUUGCAUCAAUUGUAUUUAGAGGAGCAGUUUGGCGCAAAUGCCCAGUUGGAAGCAGAACGUAAUAUAGGCAAGAAAAAGCAAAAAAGUAGCAGUGGAGGUGCUACUAUUGGAUACUCCUACGAAGAGUCAAGAGAGGUAUCAUCAGUGACUAUUGGACCACAGCCCUUUGGUAUUGUUUCCGCAUCGAGUGGCCUUGUAUCUACCACUACUAAAACAGGUGCAAAUGUUGAUAAAGCGGAAAAUACCGAUAAUUCAGAUUCUGAUAUAGAUAUGGAUGUGUCUAUUGACAUUGCUAAACUUGACACAGCGCAAGCGCAUGAGCUGAACGCAUGUGGACGUAAUUAUGGAAUGAAAAGCAAUGACUUUUUCUCGCAUCUCACCAAAGAUGCAGAUGAAGCUGAUGCGCUACGGAUUGCUCGCGAAGAAGAACAGGAGAAAAUGCUUUUAAGUGGACGCAAAUCUCGUCGGGAGCGCAGAGCGCAGAAAGAGCGCCGCAUUGCUAAUAGGCCCUUUAGUCCGCCAAGUUAUGCAGCCAAGGAGGAUCAGAGCCAAAAAAAUGAUGAGGAUGAAGAUACAGAAUCUCACUCACCAUCACCAGUUGAGGGCGUAGGUGAUAAAAUCACUUACAUCACAUCAUUUGGCGCCGAUGAUGAAAUGCAGUCGCAUUCAAAGAUCACGAUUAAUUUGAAAAAGUCUGGGCAGACACUGGGCGAGUCCUGCAUUAGUGCUACCAGUGUUGCGGCAACUGCCGCUACUCCUAUCUCUUAUGCUCAAAAGGUAAAGGAAAACUUAGAUACCCUUAAGAUAAUUAACGAUACGUCAAGGCGGUCCAGACGCCGAGUCACCCGCUCUAGCUCUUCAUCUAGUCCGAAUUGUCGUCGCAAUCGGUAUCGUAAAUAUCAUCGCUGGAGUCGCACUCCAAGUCGGGGUCGCAGCCAACGACGACGUAAAUACUACUCGAGAUCAUCUAGUUCGUGUCAGCAUUAUACAUCUCACAGCCGCAGUCCAAGCCAUAAGCGAACACGUAAACGUUUCUCGCAUUCCUCUUGCAGUUCAAGCUCAAACUCUUAUUCUAAUAGAAGAAGCUCACGCUCUCACUCUGUCCGAAGUCGCGCGCACUCUAUUGUUCAGAAACAAAAUGAAGCGUCUACAUCUCGAACACAGAAAUCAAUAGGCUUGAUUGCCACAUCUUCCGGAACAAUUUUAACGUCAACUCACCAUGUGCCAUUGAGGCAAAUGGAGCUACAACAAUCAAGGUCACUUUCCCAAAAAGCCCCUACUGUGCCUAUGAUCAGCUACCCUAUGUCUACGCGAGUCUUAAGCUUAGCAGCUACGGCAACAGGUCCAACAGCAGCUGUGAGCAAUGCGGUACUGAUGCUAUCACAAGUAACGGAAGCCCCACCGCCUCCUCUCAAGCGUUAUUAUGGAAGGAAGCGCGGAAACAACACAUCGUCCUCAUCAUCAGCUGAGCACAGCGAGCCAAGCGAUAGAAGAGAUGAUAUCAAUAAGCAGCCGAAAAGCAAAUCCUUGCGCAGAGGUAGAGUUAGGGAUGACUCUGAUGAAAUGGACAUGGAUACUGCUUCAGAGCGUUCUCAGCCAUUGAUGUCGUCAUCCACCACGGGUAAUCAAACAGGCAAAUAUAGUUCUGCUACAGAUACCAAAGGUUGUGUAAAACCUGAUGGUGUAGGGCGACCCAAUCUACGUGAGCGCUUGAAGCGCAAAAUGCAAAACCUGCUCAACAGGCAAUACAAAGCUGAUAAGCGUGCCGAGAUUGAAAAAACAGAAAGAGAACGCCAACUUCAGCAGGAACGCGAGGAGAAAAUGCGAGAGCUUGCAUUAAAGCUGCGACGUAGACGUCGGGAAUUGCGGCAUAAGUAUGGAACACCCUCCAGUGGUAAAGUUUCGGAUAGUGAAAUAGAUUCAGAAGAGUCAGUCGCCCCAGGGUACUUGCAUAAGUCGCAUGCUCGUAAUAACAGAUCACGUAGUUUUAGUCGAGGUCGUAAUUCCAAAUCUGGGUCGCGUAGUCAAGACAGUGAAAGUAAUUUAGAACGUAAACAGAGAACACGCAGUCCAAGCAAAGAUCGAAGACAACGAUCACGAAGCAGGCGCAGCAUUACCCGCAGAGAACGUAAACAUAAAGCACGUAGUCUUAGCAGAAAUCGCACACUACGCACCAGAUCCCGAAGCAGACGCAGUAACAGUCGCUCCGAACGUAAUCAUAGAGUUCGUAGUCCUAGACAACACUGCAUGGAACGUAACCGCGACAGAGAACAUUAUCGACAACACCAAUAUUAUCGCACGCAAAUCAGUCGAGACGGUGGCAAUGAUCAUGGCAGCAAUUCAAAUAGAGGAAAUCGAGGACGUGUGGUUAUUUCUGCACCACCCAAGUUAAAAAAAUUGGUUGACUACUGAUAGGUUAUUCGCAUACCAAAGAGAUUUAAUGAAAAUUUAACUUUUAUGGACGCCCUUUCAUUAUUUUGUUUUAUUUUGCAAAGGACCUAUUCUCUAUUAUAAUUGAUGUAUUUACAUAUUGCA